AUCGGGAGAGCGAGUUUGGGAACGAUGCUCGACAAAUUGCCAGAAGCUACCUCGCGCUGAGCUGCACGCCCGGCCUCCAACCCAGCGCCGCUUCAUGUCGAGACAUUGAUAGAAGCGUUUGGGCCGGUCAGCGGGCUCGGGCGGCACGGUUCGCCGCGUCGGCAUUUUUAGCAUUUCCCGCGCCGAGGUCUGCCCCGCAGCCGCGUGAAGCUGCCGCUGGGUCGCAAGUGUUGCGAAGAUAUCAGUUGCAGCGCGUUAAGAGCCUCCGACACGCGGCCCCAGCCAGGCGUGAGCGCAAGGCGGCUCGGUACCUAGCUGCUGCAUCCAGGGGUUCCACAUGGAACACGACCCCGUGGGUCAUGGCGCGCCGCCUCCACCUCCGCCUCCGCCUCCGCCGCCUGUGCCCGAGGCCUCCCUCCUAGAAGCGGCGGUGGGGGCCGUUGCGCCUCUUGGCGACUGGGCUGUCGAGACGCUGAUUAGGCAGCAGCGGUUUGACCACGACCUGGACGAAGACGUCAAGAGGGCCGUGGCUGCGGUGGCGGUGACGCGCCGCGAGGUCGAGGGCCUGGUGCUGCCGCCGCGGCCCCCGAUACGAGACGCCGGGGAGGCGGUGGGCCAAGAUCUGGAUAAGGCGGCGGCGGCGCUCAGGCUCGUCCACAACGUUUUUGUCGGGGACGCGGCAGCGAUGCAGAACCUGCUGCCGGCGCUGAUGCCGCGUGCGCUGUCGUCGUCGUACCUGCCGCCAAUGCUCUUCGUGAAUCCGCUGUGGCACAUGACCGUCACGCCGAUGAAGGCGGUUGAUUACCGCCAUGUUAGCUACAACACAGUCGCGGUUACGGAGCUGAGCCCCCGCGCUGGCCUGACCCUAGGCGGCUUCAUGGAGCGUGCGGCAGAGCACUUCGUGGACGCGGCCGCACGCAAGGGCGGCCCAGCACACUGGCAGGGCGCCCCGGGUCUGCCGCCCGGCAUGACGUACUGGGGCACCCGGGCGGCCGUGUCGGUGCUGGUGGCCGGCCAGGUCGUGUGGGACAGCGGCAUCCUGAGCGGAGGCCUGAAGGACAUGAAGUCGGAGGACGUGCAGCUCACCCCGGUCAUCCGCGGCGGCAAGGUGGUGGGGCUGGUGGUGCAGCUGGAGGACCGCAGCAUCAGCCGCCUCGUCAACGAGUGUGCGAACCUCAACAGGGGUAUGAUGAGGACCAGGACCCCCCUCACCGGUCCCCAGCCGGUGCUGAGCCUCAUCAACACCAGCCACCUGGGCAACACUGCGGAGUCGGCGCCGCAGAUGGCCGGCAUGGCUCUCGGCGAGCUGCUGCUCUCCACCGUGCUCAACCCCGCGGUGGUGCGCAACCACCCGGCGUCCAUCGGCCCCGCCUGGACGGAGUACACCUCCCUUUACGCGCGCGCCAAGGCUCUGCGGCUGCCGCUGCUCAAGGGCGAUGACCUCACCCUGAACGAGGCGCCGCUGGCUGUGCUGGGCGUGGAGCUGGCGGGCAGCGUGGAGCUGCUAGAGCUGCUGGGGCUGGGCGACCCGGAGGCCGCGGACGAGCCGGGCUGCAAGUUCGUGGUGAUGCUGCUCAAUGUGCUGUGCUGGCCGCUCGGCCUGGUGACCUUCCCGUGGCUCUCACGUGGCGGGGCGGCGGCGGCUGCGCAUACCACCUCGGCGGCCGCUCUGGAGGCGGCCGCGGCCGCGCCAACGGAGGUGCUGGAGGCGGCAGCUGGGGCAGCGCAGGUGGAGGCGCGGGAGAAGCUGCAAACGGUACAGCAGCAACAGCAGCAACAGCAGCAGCAGCAGCAGCACGCGCCCGAGUCGUGGAUCGACGAGAUGUCCAUCUGCAACCUGCUGGAGGAGGUGUGCUUGAGGCUGAUGAACGCCCGCUGCAUCGCGGGGCUGUUCAGCGUCCGGCAGCCGCUCCUGGGCCGCAGCCGCCACGAGCAGGGCAGUCUGGCGGCCGUGGUCGUAGGCCUGGUGGACAAGCUGGCAGACAGCGUGAAGCUGGCGUACCGCGAGGGGUACCUACGGUGCAGCACUGGCGGCAGUGGUGGCGGUGGAGACAGUGCCGCCGCCGCGAGCGCUGGCGGCAGUGGAGGUGGCAGUAGAGGCGGCGGCGGUGGCCUUCGUGGUGGCAGUGUCGGCAGCAGGGUACCUGGCUCCGGCAGUGGCUCCAGCGGCAGCAGGGUCAUUGGGGGCGGCCGUGCAGCUGCCUCUAGCACUGGCGGCGGCGGUGGCCUUCGUGGCGGCAGCGUCGGCAGCAGGGUACCUGGCUCCGGCAGUGGCUCCGGCGGCAGCAGGGUCAUUGGGGGCGGCCGCGCAGCUGCCUCCAGCACUGGCGGCGGCGAAGAGAGUGGGUGCGGCGGCAGUGGUGACGGAGCUGGCGGCGGUGCCAUGCCGCCGAGCGCUGAGCCAUUGGAGGCGAAGGCGGCGGCGCUGGUGCGGCUCGUGGCGAUCGGGCAUAAGGCCAAGGCAUCGAUCAAGCAGUCGCAUCAGGACUCAUACGGGGACGAGCAGAUUCUGGCAAAAUGGGCAGAUGCUGGCAGAAGCGGAUCCCCCGCUCCACGGUGGCGCGGAUGAGCCGUGAUAUGUGUGUGUGUUCGUGUGUGUGUGUGUGCGUGUGUGUGUGUGUGUGUGUGUGUGCGUGCGUGUGUGUGUGUGUGUCGUACGACGUAUGGCGCAAGGCGCGCAGCCACGUGCGACAUGGGCGCAUGCACUUGUGGGCACAUCUGGCAGCGGCUAUGCGUGGGAUAGAUGAUCGGCGCGGCGCACGUGUGCAUGAUGACGGAUGGGCGUGAAGAGCCGCGACAGGCGGUUGGGCAGCCAGGUGGGCGGCAUGCAGAGCGACUGGGACUCGGCAGGCGCAAUGGUUGACUUGGAGAAUCGGGGACUUGUGCCCACGGAAAACCGUGCUGCUGGCAGCUUUGGCACUGGGAGGCAUGUGUGGCCCAGCGGUACCCAUGAAGGUAUCCAGGCACGGGCCCAGGCGCGUCUAGUUCGCUUGUGGUCAGGUGGACAAGUGGCCAAGACGGAGAGCUGCACGUACGGCAGACUAGUAUGUAGCUGUGUCAGGGGUUGUAUGCGACACAUGAUGGUAAACGAUGAUGCCCGCGUGCGCUAAUAAGGGAAGGAGCACGUGAAGGAGGUGUGUGCAGCUACGGGCCUGGCGUGUGCGGCGCAGGUAAACGAUGGUGGAUUUAUGGGCGCAUGGGCGGGGGGGGGGUUAGAAAUUGAAGUUAGCCGGCACUGGUGUGGUGAUGACUUGGCGUUGCGGCCACGUACACGAGAGUGAGCCGGGAGGCGGCGGCAUGCAGUUACGGGUAUUCAAGUCACCGCUGGAAUGGGCGCUUUGCUCGGCCACCGUCUGCGUGCUGCUGCUUGUGGGCUGCGACCCUUGUGGAUAAUC